AUGUUGUGGAAGGCAUUCCUGCUUGUGGGGCUCAUUGUGCUGGGGAUUCAUGAUUGCAGCUUCAAAUUUAUAGACAUCGACAAGAAUAUGGAGUAUUUCGCCAUUUCUGUGGAGUAUGUUGUGUUCCACUUCAAUGAAAACCAGGAUGAUGUUUUUGCCUACAAGUUCCUGAGAGUCCGGAGAAGUCAGUGUCAGACCAAUGAAAUGGUAUAUUUAAUAGACCUGGAGAUGGGCCGUACAAUUUGUGGGAAAUAUGAUGAAGACAUUGACAAUUGCCCAUUACAGGAAGGCCAAGGAGAGAAAAAGGUACGCUGCACUUAUAUUCUGGAGUCUCUAGCAUGGAAGACUGAGUUCAUCAUCUUGAACAGUACCUGUGUGCAGACUUAA